CGAUACUGCGACAUGUUGGAAAAAUGUCGAGAAACAGUUAAAGCUGCUGAUAAAUAUAUAACUGAUCAACGGGCGCAUAACUUUAUUAGAGAAAACAGAUUGUGCCCACCUCCAAAGGGCCAUUGGACCAUGACCUUUAGCAAAUUAUUCACUACUGAAGAUUUGCCAAAAAGCUUUUUUGGACCACUACAAUCUAACGAGUACUGGUUGACAUUCUCAUUUACCGACGGGAAAGACAAAAAGAUUGCUUGCGCGAGGAUCUGGAUUGAUGUCUGUAAAUACCAUUUACAGGAUAAGCAACAAAAAUGCUUAAGAGAUCCUAAUGCUUUCAAAAAUUUCAUUAAUGAAAUUAGCAGUCAAGCAGAACAAUUAAGAAGUCGUGGUUAA